AUGACAUUUAACGCCACUCUUUAUUGUCGAGAGCUGUACUGCUGCCAAAAACAAAUGAAUGAGUGUGGUCCGAGAACAGGAGGUCACGGGGAGUGCCACUGUGGCGAGUGUAAGUGCCACGCUGGUUUCGUUGGUGAUAACUGUAACUGCGCCACAGAGACCAGCUCCUGUGUGUCCAAUGAUGGACAGAUGUGCAGUGGGCGGGGCCUGUGUGUGUGCGGCCGCUGUCAGUGCUCUCAGCCCGGCGCCUUCGGAGACACCUGCGACAAGUGCCCCACCUGCCCCGACGCCUGCGAGACCAAGAGGGAGUGCAUCGAGUGCCGCCUCUUCAGCUCUGGACGUGCAGCGGACAACCAGACGUGCCAGCGUCUGUGUAAGGAUGAGAUCAUCACCGUGGAGACGCUCCAAACAGACGAGCCCGGAGCUGUUCUUUGUGUCUUUAAGACGGACAACGAUUGUGUGAUGAAAUUUACGUAUUCUGAGCAUGCGAGCGGCCAAUCCGUGCUCACGGCGCUCAAAGAGCCAGAGUGUGUGAGUGGGCCGGACGCCCUCACGGUGCUGCUCAGUGUUGUGUGUAGUAUUCUGGUGGUGGGUGUGGUGCUGCUCGCCGUCUGGAAGCUGGUCAUCACGGUCCACGACCGCCGCGAGUUCACACGGUUUCAAAACGCCAGAUCCCGAGCCCGAUACGAGAUGGCCUCCAACCCUCUGUUCAAGUCUCCGACCGAGUCUCAGACCGAGUCUCAGACCGAGUCUCAGACCGUGUCUCAGACCGUGUCUCAGACCGAGUCUCAGACCGAGUCUCAGACCGAGUCUCAGACCGAGUCUCAGACCGAGUCUCAGACCAGGCCUCAGACCGUGCCUCAGACCGAGUCUCAGACCAGGCCUCAGACCGAGUCUCAGACCGAGUCUCAGACCGAGUCUCAGGCCGAGUCUCAGACCGAGUCUCAGACCGAGUCUCAGACCGUGUCUCAGACCGUGUCUCAGACCGAGUCUCAGACCGAGUCUCAGACCGAGUCUCAGACCGAGUCUCAGACCGUGUCUCAGACCGUGUCUCAGACCGUGUCUCAGACCGUGUCUCAGACCGAGUCUCAGACCGAGUCUCAGACCGUGUCUCAGACCGUGUCUCAGACAGAGUCUCAGACCGUGUCUCAGACCGUGUCUCAGACCGUGUCUCAGACCGUGUCUCAGACCGAGUCUCAGACCGAGUCUCAGACCGAGUCUCAGACCGAGUCUCAGACCGAGUCUCAGACCGUGUCUCAGACCGAGUCUCAGACCGAGUCUCAGACCGUGUCUCAGACCGAGUCUCAGACCGAGUCUCAGACCGAGUCUCAGACCGAGUCUCAGACCGUGUCUCAGACCGAGUCUCAGACCGAGUCUCAGACCGAGUCUCAGACCGAGUCUCAGACCGAGUCUCAGACAGUGUCUCAGACCAGGGAGAGACGGGUGGUGCAGCAGAGGGACAGACGGGUGGUGCAGCAGAGGGAGAGACGGGUGGUGCAGCAGAGGGACAGACGGGUGGUGCAGCAGAGGGAGAGACGGGUGGUGCAGCAGAGGGAGAGACGGGGUGAUGCAGCAGAGGGAGAGACGGGGUGA